AUGCCGUCUGCUACUGCUGGCACAAGUCCUCACACAUCUUCCCCGGUGCACCUUCAGGAAGGCGGAAAGAGUGGGAAUGGCGCAGAGGGGAACAGGCAGGGAGACCAAGCCCACUCCCAGCCACCAGCCCUCUCCCUGCCCCCACAUCUCCCCUCCCCCACGCCCACCCCUUCCCCGCCCCUUUCCCGCACCUCGAGGAAGCCGUCCGAUCUCGUCGCGGGAACACCCUCUUUCGUUCUCCAUGCCCCCUCACCCCCCCCCCCUCCCCCCCCUCCCCCAUCCCCACCCCCACCCCCCUCCACGACUAACCAUCUCCCAGCCCCUUCCCAACUACCCCCCAGCCCUAUCCCCGCACCCACAACUCCCCUCUCCCGCGCCCACCUCUCCCUAACCCUCUCACCCACCUCGAGGAAGGCGUCAGUCAUCUAA